AUGCCGAGCUUGAACAGAAAUGUUAAAAAAGAAUAUAAUGGAAAGCCUGAAAAAAUAGUAGCAUUGCAAGGCAUAUUUCUUGAAAUAUAUGAAGGACAGGUCACUGCAAUACUUGGACAUAGUGGAGCUGGUAAAUCAACACUGCUUAACAUUCUUAGUGGGUUGUCUGUUUCUACAGAAGGAUCAGCCACUAUUUAUAAUACUCAUCUCUCUGAAAUAAUUAACAUGGAAGAAAUCAGAAAAAACAUUGGAGUCUGUCCACAAUUCAAUAUUCAAUUUGACUUUCUUACUGUGAGAGAAAACCUCAGGCUAUUUGCUAAAAUAAAAGGGAUUCAGCCAAAGGAAGUGGAACAAGAGGUAAAAAGAGUUAUAAUGGGAUUAGAUAUACAAAAUAUUCAAGAUGUCAUUACUAAAAAAUUAAGUGGUGGACAGAGAAAAUUAACAUUUGGGAUUGCCAUUUUAGGAGAUCCUCAGGUUUUGCUACUGGAUGAACCAACUGCUGGAUUGGAUCCUUUUUCAAGGCACCAAGUUUGGAACCUUCUGAAGGAGUGUAAAACAAACCACGUGAUCCUUUUUAGUACCUAGUUCAUGGAUGAGGCUGACAUCUUGGCUGAUAGGAAAGUGUUUCUGUCUAAUGGGAAGUUGAAAUAUGCAGGGUCACCUUUGUUUCUGAAGCAAAAAUAGGGUAUCAGAUAUCAUUUAAGUUUACACAGGAAUGAAACGUGCAAUCCAGAGAGAAUCACAUUCCUCCUUAGACAUCAUGUCCCUGAUGCCAAGUUAACAGCAGAGAGUGAAGAAAAACUUGUGUAUAGUUUGCCCUUGGAAAGAACCAACAAAUUUCCAGAUCUUUACAGUGACCUUGAUAAAUGUUCUGACCAGGGCAUAAUGAAUUAUGGUGUUUCUAUGAUGACUCUGAAUAAAGUAUUCUUGAACCUAGGGGGCAAAUCAGCAAUUGAUGAGCCAGCUUUUGGCACUCAGAAACAGGAGAAAAUCAAUGUGACAAGAGAUACUGAAAGGGAGUCUGAAAUGCAACCGGCUCUUUGUUCUCUCCCUGAAAUAAAAAGGGUCGUCUGUACUGGAACUCUCUGGAGAUGACAGGUCUAUGCAAUGGCAAGGCUACGCUUCUUAAAGUUAAGACGUGAGAGGAAAGUUCUUUUGUCCUUGUUACUGGUACUUGGAAUUGCUUUUGUUCACAUUUACAAGAAGAUAAUGUCUGUAGUAUUUCUUCACACUCAUCGUUGGGAGUUUUCAUCUAGUAGGUAUUUCCUCUCUCUGGAACAACUCCCACAGACUCCUCUUACCAGUCUACUGAUCAUCAAUAAUACAGGAUCAAAUAUUGAAGACUUCGUGUGGUCACUGAAGCGUCAGGAUAUGGUUUUGGAAAUAGAUGACUUUAGAAGUAGAAAUGGCUCAGAUGAUCCUUCCUACAAUGGAGCCAUCGUAGUGUCCGGUGACCAGAAGGAUUACAGAUUUUCAGUUGCAUGUAACACCAAGAGAACGCAUUGUUUUCCUGUUCUUAUGGGAAUUGUUAGCAAUGCCCUUCUUGGAAUGUUUAACUUGACAGAGCUUGUUAAAAUGGAGAGAAGCACAUUUCCUGUCCCGUACCUUCAGAGUGUCAUUUUCCUUUUUGUUAUAAGGUGUCUGGAAACGAAAAUCUCUCCAAGAAGUAGGGAAAAUCAUCCAAGUCCAGAAGAGCUAGAAGAAAAAGAUGAAGAUAUUCAAGCUGACGAUGAAGGGGAUAACUUUCCCUUCUUUGAGACUAUUCAUGUAUCUUGGUUAAGUGUAAUUAUAAAAAUAUUUGACACGUCAGCAGAGAAACCUUUUCUACUUCAAAAUCCUGUCCGAAUUCAAACGGCAAGAAACCCAAUCCUGAAUCAGAAAGACCAAAUUAUUCUGCUGCAGGGGCGGGGCUCAGUGUCACUCUGCGCACCCCGCAGAUCCGAGCCAGACGCGCUGUUCCUCUCCUUCCAGCUGCGCUUCGCGCUGAGCAUCCUGGGAAACGCGUGGGUGGUGCUUCUGGACGAGCCGUCCACGGAGGACCCCGAGGGGCAGAAGCAAGUGUGGCAGGCAGUUUGGGCCACCUUUAGAAACACGGAGAGGGGGGCCCUCCUGACCCCUCAUUACAUGGCAGAGGCUGAGGCCGUGUGUGACCGGCUGGCCAUCACGGUGUCCGGAAGGCUGAGGUGUAUUGGUUCCAUUCAACAUCUGAAAAGCAAGUUUGGUAAAGAUUAUUUACUAGAAGUAAAAAUGAAGGAACCCACUCAGGUGGAACCCCUCCACGCAGAGAUUCUGAAGCUGUUUCCACAGGCUGCUCCGCAGGAAAGGUAUUCCUCCACAGUGGCAUAUAAAUUACCUGUGGAAAAGGUUCACCUUCUGUCUCAGGCCUUUUUCAAAUUAUAGGCAGUGAAAUAGACCUUCCAUCUGGAGGAAUACAGCCUCUCUCAGGCUGCCUUGGAACUGGUAUUCUUAGAACUCUCUAAAGAGCAGGAGCUGGGAAAUUUUGAUGAUGAAGUUGAUACAACAGUUAGAUGGAAACUCCUCCCGCAGGAAGAACCUUAGAAACCUGAACCCCCUAACGUUAGAUUUAGGUCUUACUAAAUUGUUAGUUUCCAUAAUUCUAGAAGAAUCUUUCAUAUUAUUGCAGUUAACAAAAUAAAAUAUUCAGUAGUUUAAACAUUCAAUGAUGGUGAAGGUUUUAAAUGGUUUUUAAAAUUUUAGAAUGGAGGGGAGAGGCAAAGAUAGGGAAAGUUAGUAGACAAAAUUAACAUAAUCACACAUUAAAUUAAUCAGUAAUAUAGGCCUAUUUUGUGCUUAAUAUUAAUUCAAAAAUCACAUAAUGUUAGACUAGUUUUUUAUUAUUAUCAAGAAGGCUGAAUGCUGAGCACAUUUUACAAAUAAAACAUUGUAGGUUUUUUUAACCUAUACUUUAAAUAAAUCAGCCAUCUUUAUGCAUUAUUUAAGUAUCAAUUUAAUGUGACAUUGACUAUAAGAAGAUCUAAUAAAAUGACGGAUGACGUUACAUAGUAUAACCUUUAAAUAUAAUGAUAUAUUCUUAUUAUAAAAUAAAUAUAUGCUAAUUUUAGGAUAUAUAGAAAUUAUUUGGAGAAAUAUAAUAGGAAUUUGUAAUAAAAUACCACAGUAGAUAUUUUGGCCUACAUAUAUUCAGUAUGCUUUUUUUGAGUGCUUUUUCAAAGUUGACAUCAGUGAGCAUAGUAAUUUUUUAUAUUUUUUCACUUCAUAAUUCAUGACCAUUUCCCAUGUCAUUAUGACACUUUAGUGUUCUGUAACCACUGCAUUGCAUCCCUUUGAUGUACUAUCAUGGUUUUUACUUAACCUUUUUACUAUUAUCUGACAUUUUGGGUACGUGCAAGUUUACCUCAUAAAUAAAGCUGUGAUGAACUUC